AUGUCAAGUUUAGUACAUCAAACAGUAGACGUCCUCGAUUGCUAUGAAGGGCGCGAUGCUGCAAUAACAUUUACACUCUAUUUUUGUUGUUUGCUAAGUGGAUUUUAUCCGCGAAAAUCGAAAUUUCACCGAUCUUUACAACGAGUCUUCAAGCGCCUGGAAGAUUGUCGUGUUGUUCUGCGUUUGUACGAUGAUUUGACAAUCCUUCGAGAUUUUUUCACGUAUGAAUUACGACCUGGAGAGCGAAAUUGGUUCGUGCGAACAUUAAAAUGUUUACAUUACAUUGCAUGGUUUUGUUAUUAUCCAUCGGAGCACAUCAGUUGGCUAGGCGAAAUGAAAAUGGUCGAUAUUGACAGUAAAUUAUGGGAGUUCUAUACGAAUUUCUUCUGGUCCAUGGCAUUAUUGACAUCUGCUCUCUGGAACGCGUACGUUGUUUUACAAUACAUAAGUCAAAAGAAUUAUCCGAAAGAAAAGGAAGAAGAAGAGAAGAAAUCGUUCAUCCCAUGGACUGCAGCUCGAAAUGCAAUGUUAGCCACUGUUCGUGAUGGCACUGAAUUCAUGGUUGCUGUUAGUUAUCUACCUCGAGGUUUUCUCUGGUCAUCCACAUUGACAUAUAUUCAAAUCGGCAUGCUUGGCACUUGCUCAGCUUUCCUACGUCUCUAUGCACUCUUCAAAUUUCAAGAAGAUCACUAA